AGUUAGAGCCGUUUGCUCAACGGGAACGGAACACAAAAAAUCAGUACACGUCUGUGUAGGUGAUCCAAAAAUAAAUAUAGACAAAAAAAAUCGAACAAAAAUAGACACGAAACCAAUUGAAAUGGAAUAAUAAACAAGCCAAAAACAAAAAUCGAAGAUAAAUAGAAAAAAUUGUAAUGCAUUUGUGGAUAAUUUGUUUAGUAUUAUUGUGGGCCAACAAUGUGCAGUGUUAUGGGUCUAAUAGCUUUGGAUUGGCCAGCGGAGAAGCCAUACGCAUCGGCCUUAUCACAGAUGAUAGCACGGAUGGAAUACGACAGACAUUUGAGCAUGCCAUAUCUGUGGUGAACAGCGAUCUCAGCGUUCCUUUGGCCGGUGAAACGGAGCAGGUGGCCUUUGGCGAUUCCAUGCAGGCAUUUUCACAACUAUGCAGACUAAUGCAGAAUGGUGUAGGUGCUGUUUUUGGACCCGCUGCCAAGCAUACAGCAGCGCAUUUACUUAACGCUUGCGAUGCCAAGGAUAUACCCUUUAUAUACCCACACCUUUCAUGGAGUCCACAAUCUGAUGGCUUCAAUUUGCAUCCGCAUCCCGAGGAUAUUGCUCAUGCACUCUAUGACAUUAUCACACAAUUUGAAUGGUCUCGUUUUAUAUUCUGCUAUGAAUCUGCGGAAUACCUCACAAUAUUGGAUCAUCUAAUGACUCUCUAUGGCAUCAAAGGACCCGUCAUUAAGGUCAUGCGUUACGAUCUUAACCUAAAUGGCAAUUACAAAUCGGUGUUGCGACGCGUUCGCAAAUCGGAGGAUAAUCGGAUUGUGGUCGUUGGUUCGACGGAAGGUGUCGCUGAGUUCCUCCGUCAGGCUCAGCAGGUGGGCAUCAUGAAUGAGGAUUAUACGUAUCUGGUGGGUAAUCUGGAUCUGCACACCUACGAGCUGGAAGAGUACAAGUACAGUGAGGCUAAUAUAACAGGCUUGCGAAUGUUUGAUCCCGAUAAAAAGGAGGUGCGCCAGUUAAUUGAAACCCUACAGCAGGCACUGGGCGAGAGUGAACCCACGAAUAAUGGUUCCUCGCCCAUUACACUGGCCAUGGCUCUGACUUACGAUGCGGUUCGUGUUAUUGCCGAAACUACAAACUUUUUGCCGUAUCAGCCACAACAGUUGAACUGCUCGGAACGACAUGAUAAUGUCCAACCAGAUGGAUCUACUUUCCGAAACUAUAUGAGAUCGCUGGAGAUACUAGAGAAAACGAUCACUGGCCGUAUCUUUUUUCGGGGUAAUAUACGAAAGGGAUUCAGUUUCGAUGUGAUUGAACUGCAGACCGUCGGCCUGGUCAAGGUGGGCACCUGGGAGGAGGGCAAGGAGUUUCAGUUUAACCGUCCACCACAAAUAACCAAUUUCAAUGACAAUGAAGAAAAUUCGUUAGUUAACAAAACGUUCAAAGUACUUAUCUCAGUGCCGAACAAACCCUAUGCCAGUUUGGUGGAGAGCAUUAACACAUUAAUUGGCAAUAGUCAGUAUGAAGGAUAUGGCAUCGAUUUGAUCAAGGAGUUGGCGGAAAAACUGGGCUUUAACUUUACCUUUCACAAUGGCGGCAAUGAUUAUGGUUCUUUCAAUAAGACCACAAAUAUGACAACAGGCAUGCUUAAGGAAAUUGUAGAGGGACAUGCCGAAUUGGCCAUCACAGACAUAACCAUAACUUCGGAACGUGAGGAAGCAAUUGAUUUUUCCAUACCAUUUAUGAAUUUGGGUAUUGCCAUUUUAUAUCUGAAACCCCAAAAAGCGGAGCCAGCACUCUUCUCCUUCAUGGACCCGUUUUCAAAGGAGGUUUGGCUUUAUCUGGGCAUUGCUUAUUUAGGGGUCUCUCUGUGCCUCUUUGUAAUUGGACGUUUGUCACCCUCCGAAUGGGAUAAUCCCUAUCCUUGCAUUGAGGAACCGGAAGAGCUAGAGAAUCAAUUUACCAUUAGCAAUUCAUGGUGGUUUGCCACGGGCGCCCUGUUACAGCAGGGAUCUGAAAUUGCGCCAAAAUCCCUGAGCACCCGCACAAUAUCAGCUAUUUGGUGGUUUUUCACAUUGAUCAUGGUCUCUUCAUACACAGCCAACUUGGCUGCGUUCCUAACCAUUGAGAACCCAUCGAGCUCCAUUGAUAGUGUUGAGGAUUUGGCCGAAAACAAGGACGAUGUGCAAUAUGGAGCCAAGCGCACGGGUUCAACCAGAAACUUUUUCUUAACUUCUGAAGAAGAGAUAUACAUGAAGAUGAAUGCGUACUUGAGCAAUAAUCCAGCCUUUCUGACGGAAACCAAUCAGGAUGGCGUCGACAUGGUCAAAGCGGGCACAAAAUUUGCAUUUCUUAUGGAAUCCACAUCCAUCGAGUAUAAUACGGUGAGGGAAUGCAAUCUGAAGAAAAUAGGUGAAGCGCUCGAUGAGAAAGGUUAUGGAAUUGCAAUGCCUAAGAAUUGGCCAUAUCGCGAUAAAUUCAACAAUGCGCUGCUUGAGCUGCAGGAACAGGGCGUGCUGGCUAGGCUUAAGAACAAAUGGUGGAAUGAAAUUGGAGCUGGAGUUUGCAGCGCGAAAGGCGAUGAUGAUGGCCCUUCGGAGCUGCGCCUGGAUAAUUUAAGUGGCAUCUAUGCUGUACUAAUUGUUGGCUCCUUAUUAUCCUUUGUCUUUUCCUUUUCCUACUGGUGCCUUUUUGUCUUCAAGAAAGCCAAAUUUUAUGAGGUGCCAUUCUGUGAUGCACUCGCCGAGGAGUUUAAAAUUGUUGUGAGUUUUGCGGAGAACGAAAGGGCCUUGAAGAGUGCCCAAUCUGUCUAUUCUCGCAGUCGCAAUUCUUCGCAAUCCAUUGAAUCGCUACAAAUGGAUUCGGAUAAUGAUGACACGGUGCCCGAGGAUGAUUGAGUUCAAUUUUAUUUGUUGGUAUAUAUAUUUUGUAUAUUAUUUCUCUUUGUUGUUCACUCAAAUAAAAAACUUUUUAUGCUCAAA